GUUUUUAUGAAUUUUCAGCCUUCCGAGUUGAGUCAUUGUCAACUACUGUUAAUGAGCUAUUGUAGCUAAUUAAUAUUAAGUCAACCAUGUCAACUUCUACCUAUGCUGAAGAUGGAUUUGAUCAAACUGCUGACAGUUUUUUUGAAAUAGGCCAGUUCAAAAGAACUGUAUCAAGAAUCGAUAAUGGGCACAAGCAAUGUGACGAACUUAUGUCAUUUUUGAAAGAUCGUGCCGCCAUCGAGGAGCAAUAUUGUAAAAUGAUAAAAAGUUGGGGUGCAAAGUAUACAAAAAUAAUUGAAAAAGGAUCUUGCUAUCACACGUUGCAACAUGCGUGGUUAGGUAUAAUUAAGGAAUCUAACAAAAUUGCCGAUUUACACCAUGAAAUGGGAGAAAAAAUUGUCCAAGAUGAUGUAGAAAAAGUCAAAACGUGGAAGAAAAAUCAUUAUCAUAGCUUGACACUAGGUGGCUUGAAAGAGAGCAAAAUAUGUGCAGAUGAGUUUACAAAAGCUCAAAAACAAUGGGCGAAACUUUAUAAAAAAGUUGCGGAAACCAAGAAGAAUUACUAUACUGCAUGUAAAGAGGAAAGGUCCGCUCAAACUCAAGAAAACACUGCAAAAAGUGACAGCUCUAUCCCGCCUGAAAAAGUGAAAAAACUGCAAGAAAUGGUUGAGAAAAAGGGAAAUGAACGACAGAAGCACAAAGAUAAAUAUGAAGGUGCUUUGAGCGAUCUUGACAGUAAUAACUCUCGGUACAUGGAAGAUAUGGAGCAAGUAUUCACUAAAUGUCAAGAUUUUGAACAUGAGCGCCUGGCAUAUUUCAAAGAUGUAUUAUUGGCUGCAGAGAGUCAUCUCAAUGUUUCAACUGCACCAAAUCUGAGCGAAAUGUAUGGAAACAUUCGCCAAGCAAUAAACGUGGCAAAUGUUGAUAAUGAUUUAGAUUGGUGGCGGACCAACCAUGGCCCUGGAAUGCAAAUGAAUUGGCCUGUUUUUGAAGAAUAUGAUGCAGAGCGGCUACACAUGCAGAGAGUUAGUCGAAAGCAAACGACCAAAGCGUCCAAGUAUGUGGCUGGUGGUGUAGAUGGCAUUAGUGCAGCACAAUUCACACAAAAUAGUGAAUACGCAUCGUCGUAUCCCGCCAACAAUGGUGAAUCCGAUCACCGACCAGCAUCCUGGAGUGACGAUGAACAAAGUAAUCCCUUCGAUAAUGAUGCUAUGAACGAUGCUGCCGGUGUUCCUGUUGUAGCAUUGUAUGAUUAUGCAGGAGCAGAAGAAGAUGAACUUUCUUUCAAGGCUGGAGAUCAACUAUUUAAGUUAGAAGAUGAAGAUGAACAAGGAUGGUGCAAAGGAAGGACAGCUGAUGGUAACGUUGGACUUUAUCCAGCAAAUUACAUGAAAGAGGUUUAAAGCAAUCAAGUCACUUGAUGGUAUUGCAAUAGAUUUUUAUUAAUUUGAAUAAAAACUUUUUUGUGUAAAAUUCACAAUCGAAAUGAUUGUGACAGUAUACUCUUGAUUAAAUAUGUUUUAGCUACUUGAUUAUUUUAUGUCAAAGGUACCAAUAUUUUAUUGUGUAUUGUAAUUUCAUUGAGAACUGACUUUAAGCUGGUAUUAAUGAAAUGUUUUCCACUAAUUUGUUCAGAAAUUUUUACCAGAUGGUAGAUUUUUUAUGUGUUCUACUCGAUGAAAUGGUAAAAUUAUUGAGAUAAAAUCUUUUCUUCAAGCCCAUGGUCUAGAUUUUUUUUCGAAUUCACAAUGUCCUGAUUAUGAUCGUGCAGUUCGGUUAGCAAUUCCAAAUAAUAAUAAUUCCUUAUAUUAAGUCUAUUUCUUUCACAUUAAUGAAUCUUGAAGCAAUCCAAAUGUGUUCCCUUGAUCUGUAAUUCUACUAUUACAAUUUAACGAUUCAUUGAAAUAUGAAAUUUCAGUAAUUUGGGUUUAUUGGUUUUAUAUAUUAUGAACAGUUCUUAAAUAUAGAUAUUUGAUUCGAAAAAGUUUGCAUCAGGCUAAAAUGAAUAUUGAAUUUAUUUUAGUAUUUCAAAUUGUUUUCAUAAAAACUAAGAAGGUAUUGAUUUGUGUAGUGGAUUUGUGCAUUUCCAUAUCUUACUCUGUCAUGUCAUCCUCACAGUAUAGCAAUGUAUGGAAUGUCAGAAAUUUGCUAAUUGGCUGUUAUGUAAAAUAGUCAAUUCACUUCGGUAUACAGGUCAAAUAUGGCCUGUUAAAAGUAGUUAAGAUAAUAAUUAUGUUAGAGAGGUUCUAUGUUAGGAAUUUGAAAAAAAAUUGUGAAUUCAGUUACUAUAACUUAUGUAGAUUUAUUGCUUAUGCUUUUCUGGCAUAAUGACUCCAUUUUAUCUAUCAAUCAUUUAAUCAGUUUCAAUCUGACAUAGUAUGAUGAAUAUUUCGCCACAUUCAAAAGUUUACAUAAUAACACAUAGGGUUUAACGUUGAGACAUACUAUGUGGCAACACCCUUUUACUUGCUUUGUAAAUUUAUGCAUUUGAUAAAUCUCAGUUAUUUAUUUUGGAUUGUAUGUUGCCAUAACUAUUCCUAUUCAAGCUCUCAAAGUUACGGUAUGUUAAACACAACAGCCCAACAGUCUUUUGUUGAAACCCUUGUCCUGCUACACAUACUACACCAUUAUUUGGCUAUAAUUUUAAAAGUUGCCAAGUUGAGUUGUUGAGCCAAGUUGAGUUGUUUGCCACUGAGUGUAGUGCUGGCUUUUCAGGAAAAUAGGAUUCAUUUCAACUUCAAGGAAGAUCUGAUUUUUUGUGCUUUGCUUCUAAAAAUUGGUACUUGAUAUGUGGAUAAAUUAUUGAAUAUAUGUAAUUCAAUGUAUUUUAGAUGUUAUCAUUAUUUACAAAUUUCUUUUUUCACAAAACUUAGACAUUAUUCUAUAUAUUUUUUUUGUGUGCGUAACUUGUGCCAACUAUAUGAAAUAUUGAUAAUUGUUAAUUUAUUUUUGGGUAGUUUUAAAUAUUUAGGAAGAGUCUCAAGGUAUAUAUGGCAUGACUCACAAUUACAAUGUAAAGUGGUCAAUAUUAUAUUUGUAUACAUAUGUAUUAAAUAAGUGUGUAAUUUUUCUGAUGUCUUUUAUGGUCACAUAAUGUAGACAGAAAAUAUUCUCGAAAAGUAAAUUAUGGCAGAUUCAAUUGUUCAAGAUAAUACUUCUGAUAUUAUUCUGAACUAUAUACUUUUAUUUUACAAGAUCAGCUAAUAGUUUUAUUUACCAAGUUUCCAAGAUAACAAAACAACAGCCACGUAUUGUCGUUGGGUUUGGCCCUUGUAAGAUUUGAUAUAUACUGGGUGACCCCCAAAAAAUUACCUCUCGAAAAAGAAGAAAAUUACUUAACACAUGAACUUCUGUUUGUGUAUGAUUCAUUAAUCUAGGAAGCUUAAAAUAUUUUCUCGCUAAAUUAUGUUCCAAAUUACCUAGGUUCUGUUUUUGUGGUCACUCUUUAUGGAUUUCUAACAUGUCAGUUAUUGCUUUUAUUCAAAUUUAAGAAAGAUAAAAAAAUUCAAAUAAAAGAAAUUCAAAUAAAAAUUCAAUUCAAUGCUCGCAAUCUUUAUGUUAAAACCUGUUGUCGAAGAUAUUUUCAUUUUUCAAUUGUACUAAAUGUACAUAUUAAUGUUUAUGAAUUUCGCACUUUUUUAAUUUCCUUUAUUCCUAUUGCUAUCAGAAAGUGAGCUAUAAUCAUUUUAUAUCUUUAGUUUCAAUGAUAAGUGAAAAAAUGUUUUUUUAAGUAUAUGGUGGGCAUGAUCUGAAUGUACCAGUUAGACGCAUUGAUAAGUCAAAAUUGAUAUUCAUUGUCAUUUAAAUUGAUAAAUAUUCUAGCAAAGCAGAACAUAUUUUUUUAAUUGUAAUAUUUACCGCCUAUGUUAAAUUGGGAAAAGUAUAUUCAUAAGUUCUUUCAAGGAUAAAAUAUUUCAACAAUGCUAGAGUUAAUUCAAUUAUUCAUAAUCUAAUUGUCAAAAAAUAAUGUCCACUUCAAUUGCAAUUAAAAAUGGACUGCUGGUAAUAUUUGUGUCUUUCGCACCAUAAUCAGAAAAUAUAUUUCUUGAAUAAUAUUUAACCAUUGUUGUUAAAUGCGUUAAGAAGUGCGGAGAAAAAAAAGAUAAUUUCCAUCCUAUAGAUUGCUCCCAUAUCCCAUCCUAUCUCAGGUUCAACUUUGACAAACAAAAACAAUAUUUUCUCAUGUUUUCUGUAAGUUGUGUUAUUUUUGCAUGAUUAGUGUAUUGUAGAGAUUUCAUGACUAUAAUAUUAUCACAUAGAUUUAUUUUAUAAUUUGCAGUCACCCAUUAUAGAUGAUCAUAAUAUUCUUGUGUUUUUUGUGAUUAUUUUUAUUAUUUUUUUCUGGUGAAGUUGAUAUAUACUAUUAUACUUUGUGUAUCAUUAAGGACAACUUUCAUGUGCUACAUUAGUUUUUGUCAAAUUUGAUAUAAAUAUGGUUAUGCUGCCUAAAAAUCCAUUUUAGAUAUUAUGAGAAAACGAAGAGUGGGUUUAACCACCUCUUUUAUUGGCAUCUUAAAUAGCCCCUAUUCAUUUUUCCAUAACUAAAUUAUAAUCCUAAAUUAUUUGUCGAAAUUUUCUGCUAUUAUUAUAAAAAUGGACGCUCCAGAAGUGUGUGUACCAAUAUGGCGGUAACUAAUUUUGUUCGCCUACUUUACAUCAAGUUGUGUGAAGGGACUGUAUUCUAUAGACAGGGGGUAUAUCCACUUGGUUAACACAGACAGUCCCCGAACUUGUAAUAAAACUAAAAUAAAGAAAAUCGAAAUAAAACCAUGGCCUAACCAUAACCUGGUACACACACUACGGUAUUACAGUAAAAAUGACCCCUACUUGAUUGUUAUGUAUUAUCCUCAAUAAUUGUAUUAUCGUAUAAUAUUAAAGUCUUUUCUUAUAUUCAUAAUCAAUAGUUUUAAUAUUGAUUUCGUCUUAUAAAUCGUGAAUUGCUUGAUUACUUUUUUAAUAAAAUGUAACAUUCU